AUGCUCUACGGUCCUGGCUUGCUCCAAACUGUCAGUGAUGCACCGUUCAAGCUGCGACCAGACCUGGGCUGUGUCCUGAGUAACAACGGAAGAGUCUGUCGGAUGGUGGAGCACGGCAAUUUCGUGCUCGGACGUGCCAACAAGCACAUUUCUGUCGUUCAAGAUAGCAACACGGAUGGAAUUGGUGCCGAUAUCGAUUCCCACGAACCAGUCGGCGACAAAAGACAUGAAUUUACUGUCCAGAUAAACUUUUUGGUGCAAGGUGUCUUGACAUAA